GCCGCCGGGAGCGCGGGCCGGGCCGCGCCGCCCGCGCUGUGGUGAGUGAGGGGCGGGCGGCGGCCGUUAACCGCCGGUAACCGCCGCACUCUCCCUCAGGUGCCAUGAGCAGCGGCGCCCGCACCCGCCGCAGGAGGAGGAGGGUCGCUCGCCUCAGCUCGCCGUCCUCCGCCAGCUCGGAGGGCGAGGAGCCCCUCAGCCCCUCCGGCAGCUCCCCGCUCUCCCCGAGCGAGGAGGAGGAGGAGGAGGAGCAGGAGCGGGCGGCGGGCUCCCGGAGCCGGCGAGGCCGUAGGAAGGCUGAAGACUCUGAAAUAGCAGGGGGAAAAAAAGAGUCACCUUUGAAAGAUAAUCUUUCACCGUGGGAAGAAUGGUUCAUUGGCAAAGAGAAGGAGCUACGUGCCCGCUUACAAGCUAGAGCUGCAGAGGAAAUGCAUAAACAGCUUGAGAAGAUGAAGCAGAAGCAAGAAUGUGAAAGGAGGAAAAGGAUAGCUGAAGAGAAGCACAAGGAAUGGGUCCAAAAAAAAAGAGAAGAGGAAAGAAGGGAAAGGGAACGAAAGCUGAGUAAAGAAAUGGCAGAAAAAGCCACACGGGAACUAGAAAAAAUGCAGUUACAAGAAAAGGCCGAAGUAAAGUAUAAAGAAUGGUUAAAGAAGAAGAGAGCUGAAGAGGCAGAAAAGAAGAAGAAAGAGAAGGAAAAAGAAAAAGAAAGGGAAGCUGAGCUACAGGAGAAGAAAGCAAGAUCGGAGAAGAUCUUUAAGGAAUGGCUACAUAAUGCUAGAAAUAAACCACGCCCUGUUUUGAAUGGUUAUGGCUUCCCACGUGGGAAGUCUGCAGGGUAUGCUGAUGGAAAUUCAUAUCCAGCUCCAGCAUAUUGUAACCCCAUUCCUUGGAAACCUGUACUUGUGCCUCCUCCAAAGGAAGACAAUGUUCUUACCGUGAAGAAGACAAUCACAGAUCCCAGAGUCCAGUGGGAAAAUCUGGAGCAAGGAAGACAACCUUGGUGGAGGAGGAUCUCACCUCAGUCACCUAGAAAGGUGAUGGAUGUGGCAAAACUGGCCAUCAGCCUCCUGGGAUACAUGAGAAAGAGCUUAGGCCAGCACAUCUUUCCCCAGCACCAGUUGAGACCGCAUCUGCAAUGCUGUGCCCAGUCAUGGGCAUCCCAGUAAAAGAGUGACAUGGACGUACUGAAGCAAGCUCAGUGAAGGGCCACAAAGAUGAUUAAGGGAUUGGAGCAUCUGACAGAGGAAGAGAAGCUGAGAGAGCUGGGACACUUAAGCGUGGAGGAGAGAAAGCUCAGGAGAGAUCUUACGAACGUCUGUAAAUACCUGAUGGGCGGAGAGAGAAAGGCAGAGCAAACCCUCCUCAGUAGUGCCCAGUGACAGGAGAAGAGGCAAGGGGCACAAACUAGAAUACAGGAAAUUCCAUUUAAACAUGAGACAGAAUUUUUUAAAGUGAGAGUGAUCAAACCCUGGAACAGGUUGCCCAGAGAUGUGGAGUCUCCAUCCUUGGAGAUACUCAAAAACCAACUGGCCACAGCCCUGAGCAACCUGCUGUAGUUGGCCCUGGUUUGAACCAGGGAGUUAGGACGAGACGAUAUCCAGAAGUCCCUUCCAACCUCAACAAUUCUGUGAUUAAUAGUGAAAAGGAGAAAGCAGAAAGAGAUAAGACCUUUUUUUCCUGUUAAAAUAGUUGUAGCACUUUAAGAAAUAUAUUGUUAUCCUUUAAAAAUUACAGAAUAUUUAAAAGUACAUUAUGUACUAUAAAAUUUAAUUGGUAAAAAGCCCACUAAGGCACAUUCUGGCAUCUAAGCAUUCUAAUAUAUUGAUUUCUGCUUCUGAUCUUAAUAAUCAAUUUACAUUUCUUCACAGCAAAUCGUGAAAAAUACUAAACUAUCAGCGUCAAGUUUAUACUUAAAACAUUACUUCUACCCUAACUUUGAGUGAAUCAGUUUAUACAAUCUGCCUUUGGCGGUUCUUUCUAGAUAAUGCCAGAUGCUAAAAAGACUGCAACGUCUUACAGGAGUUAAUGGAUUAUUUGGUUUGUGUUUGUCAGUAAUUUCUGAUAUGAAUUAGUGUGAAGUCUCACAGACUUUCACAAAGUUCUUCACAUUCACCUAGCGUUAAAGCAGCGCAAAGGGCAUUAUGCAAUCGUGUUUCAUUUUUCAUUUUACGCUUUAAAAUCAUGAACAUAAAACUAUUCUUCAUCAGAACGAAAAGAAAGAAAACAUGCUUUAAAGAGCAAUGUGUGAAUCUUCUGUGAGUCAAUUCUGUCAUUUUAUUGUAGUAGUGGCUAAAAAUAACUGAAAUUAGGACUGCUGUGUACUACAGAUGUAAAUGCAAGUGGAAGCCCGUUUUAAUACUUGAAAGUGUGUCACUUAAGCUGACAAAAUAGACACAAGCUAGUACGAGUGUACGAGUAUGUUCCUUGGUUUAUCGCAUACGGUGGGUGCACAGGCUGAUCUGAUGCAUUUCACUUCUGUCGCUAAGAUAGCGGGCUCCGCAGUGUCCGGGAGGGGUCUGUUCUUGUUACUUCUCCAACAGUGUGUAACUCAAGGGCCAGACAUUUAUGAAUAUGUGAUUUAUAACGCGGGUUAUUGUUACAUUAGUUAAUGAAUGUCUGUUGAGAGUACCUGACUUUCUGCAGUCUAAUA